UGAACCGAGACAGAAUGGCAAUUCCUUGUUCCCAAAUACUUCACUCACAAGUGUUGAACCAAGGCCAUGCUACCAGUCCAGCUUACAAGUUUCGUCUUUCCGACGGAACGACCGUCACUGCCCAAACCAAGAGUAAACUGAUGCAAGGCAAGCAAGGGGGAGAUCCACCUUUUAUCAUCUCAUUGCACUCAAUAUACCGUGACGGUACUUUACAAGGACUUAAUCUUCCUGGCCUACCACCAGCAAUAAAAAGCAUUUUAUCAGGUCCUGUGUUGCUUGAUCGGUCGUCAACAUCGUCGCCAACAAUCGCUUCAACAUUCACCGAUUCAACUUCAAUUCAACCGUUUGUUCAACUCAGCCAAAACAAGAAAAAUCUGCUUCCAGUUGAAGUCUCAUUUUCCUCAAACUGGUCGUCCAGUGUUGCCGAGGGUUUUAAUCAACGCAACGGAAGUGACGUGGCCAGAGAGUUAUUGGUCAGCACUGGAACUAAAGAGAGUGCAGAGAACAUCGUCAACGAAGUCCUCUCUCCUCCCCCCCACUUAGACGGCCACCUUGUACAUUCAGUAGGUGGCGCCAAAUCUCAGCUUAAAUCUCUCUUGUCGUCGAACUCAGAAAAAUCUGACAUUACAAUGUUUGAAACUGAACUUAACCAGACUCACUCUCCCACUAUAGGUUUUAUACAAAAGCUCUCCUCAGUGGAUAAUUCAUAUACCAACCCCGCCACCUACCCUGGGCCCCCAUGUGUUGAUAUAUCCAGGUUUUCAUUACCCCAAGAUAACGGAAGGUUCCCCUCAGCACCCAUGUCAAACGAUUCCGCAAUCAGUGAGGGUUCCGUCGGAAAUUUUAUCCAAAAAUCGCAAGAAAAUCUGAAGUCCUCCCAAUCUUAUGGCGUCAACGGGGCAAGGAGGGUUUUCACCCCACCUGAAAAUCAGUCAGCCCCAACAGUGACACCCCGGUCCCGCAGUGCCUCGUCUACAACAUUCUCCUCCACUGAGAACCCUUUAAAACGAACAGUUUCAAUGACAACAAGUGAAUCAAGCCCUGGAGGCCUCAUGCUCUCGCCAGGCAGACAGAGAGACACAAAACCUGCGAAAAGAAGCAAAAUCCUUGAAACAAUUCUAAACUCAACAACUAUAAAUGAGGCCGUGAUAUCCUACGCAUGUGAUGUCAAACCACAGACAUACGUAACUGCUCCUGUCUCUAUACUUAACCAUCAAACCAGUAACACACAAUCUGUGAGCGUUAAGACAGAAGUAGUAGCCACAAACUGUGCCCCAUUACCCACUAUAUUACCCCAGACCCUAUUUGACCCCCUUGGUACUCUCACCCCUUCAAUAGAGGGUAAGUACCCUGACCCAAGCGACCCCACACUGGAGACUGCUCCAAAGUGGGCUGCAAGCUCCGCAGUAAGUCCAGAGGAGCUUGAAGAACUAAACGAGAUCUUUAACGAUCUUGACAGCAUGAAUAAUGAAAUUGGAGUCGAUUUUUCCGCUGCAAUUGACAACACAUCAAACCAGAUACAGCUUUUCCAGUCCGGCCUACCGCAGCCCACUAUAAACCAUACCAUGCCCGCCAUAGAGGAUCAAAGCCACCAACAAAAGCUUCAAUACAACAACAACAUGCACCACAAUAUGUCGCCAAAGCAGCACAUGCCCCCUACCUACUCACCCCCUGACCCCCAAAUCUACGCCCAACAGCCCCACCCAAACCCCAUGUCCACAGUCGUCCCAACAGGCCUUGAAACUUGCCCCAACAGGGUAAUUCCUAACCCCACCCCACAACACUACACCCAACCCCAAAGUUUUGGGGGUGACACCCAAUUUCUUGGGGGCUCUGAUAGCUGGGACGGAGAUGAACCAUUUGUUGAUCUGGGUACCUACCCACCCCCAGCGGGUAUUAACCCAAGAAUGCCUAUCCCUAUGCAGCAUAAUAUGGGUCCCAUGCACAUGAAUGGUGGUCGCAUGUCAGGGCAUAAUACAAUGACUAAUCCUAUGCAGGGCGCUCCUGUGACUCAGCGUUUCCCAGUAAACGUUCAAUCGCAAUCCAUGUUACAUAAUCACUGCGUGUCACAUUCUAACCAGAUGCCGUCUUCAUGUAUCAGCAUACCAGUACCGAACGGCUUAAACCCCCCACUUAUAGGGGAUUUCCCAAACCCACCCUCCCACGGACCCCAGUGCACAAACAUGGGGUUAAAUAUGCGCCCCCAAGGCAAUUCGCCCGAGAACCGGCAAUAUCAGUACAACGGUGGUGGCCCCCAUUUCGAUGGGGUGAGUAACGGGGGGGUUUCCCAGUACCCCUACCACCUGCAAGGGGUUAAAACCGACAUGACCCACUCUGGUAUCAUCGCACAAAAACGGAAUGAACAUUUUUUAAAGCAAAGACGGUUACAGCAACAGCUACAAUGUGCAGGUACGAACUCUGGUGCCCAAAACUCGUACAAUAAUUUCUUCGGUAACUCACACCGUGUCAUGCUGUCACCACGAGGUCAGCAAAUGAGCACACCGCAAUACCAACCUCAUGUUAACACCUACCGACCACAGACUCAAAUACACGAGACUCUCUACCGCCACCAACUGCCCGUUCCAUCCUUACAAGCCCCCAUGACUACGUCACCACCCGUCACCAAUAGUUACAACGGCGUUGUGGGCAUGCCUAUGACGUCACAAGCUGUGACAUCACCGGUCCCGACCGCGAAGACGACGCCGAAGCGGGCACGGACCCGGAAACCGCGCAGGUCUUCCAAGUCGAAAGCGGCGGAAGCAAAACCGAUUACGUCAUCAGGAGACACGAUAUUCUGGAAUGACGUCACACAGAAUCAAACGCCGCCUCUCUACCGCGCCCCGGCGGCCACCGCGAUGACGAGCCAGCCGAAGGUUUUUCAAAUGACUUUCCGCGAUAAACACCAGCGCCCACAAGCGACAUAUAACGACAGUUUUGCAACGUCGGCAGAAGGCGCCUCGUGGUCAAUACACCCGCCUUCCCCCGGCUUGAAAUCGGUCGCAAACUCCUCUGUGACGUCACAAAACAACACGCAGAACUUAAACCUGAACGUUCUCCUGAGGCAAUUCUCCUCCAAAUCAGAGGGCCGUGACAUGAAUAACAACGCCCUCCCGCCCUCUCUUGCGACACCUACCGGUUUCAACGAACCAGCUCCAUUUACAUCACCCGACACCCACUGUGAUCUCAUCAAGAACUCAAACCUAAACAACAACACGAAACCGUGUCGAUUCGUCGCAUCCGUCACCGCCACCACGAUUUCGUCACCUGCGUAUGACGUCACGAGCGCCGCCGAGACGCCAGUGACGUCAUCAGAGGGCGCCCGACAAAAAGUCAGUCUUCUUGAAACCCUACUGUUAAGCAAGGACGAUUGAGCGGCCGGGAAUCCCCUAAAUCGACACUGAGUCGUUAACAAAUGAGGUGUAAACGAGAUUGGUCGCACGUAGCACUCCAAGAAGUAGCAAUAGCUUAGCAAAAAGGGAAUUUUCACUGUUGCGUUUUCCCUUUCUUUUAAGCUAUUGCCACUAUCAGACACUCCACCACAGCUCACUGUAUGUCGUCAACCCCACGGUAUUCCCACCCAAGUUUCAAGCGUCGUGCCUUUGCUUCUCAGCGUAAAGAUUUCGCCAGGUGUAUCCUUACCCAGAGGUGUAUUGUGAAGUCCCACCCCACGCAGCGCACAGCUCUGCAAUAUUUCGCCUUUGCAAUAUUUCCCACGUCCCAUGUUCCUUACGUGUUGUUUUUAUACAGAGGUACCUUUAUUCGUCGUUCUUUCCCACCCUUAUUACUCUUAUUAUUCUUAUCGGGUAGUUUGUUAUAACAUUGCCCCCUUCGCGUUUUCUCUCUCAACCCAAUCGAUUUUGGAUUCACGAACUUCCCAGGUGCUUCCCCUUAAUCACGGUUAUCACUGCUGCCUUAACUGUUUACUAGAAUUCCCCUAACGAUAAAUCCCCCCAGUAACCCCCCCCAUAAGGUAUUUCCCCAGCCCCACAGCCCUAACAAUGCCUCAAAUUCAAAACCCACGAUCCAAGCCGCUUUAACCCCACUCACAUUCAGGGAAAGCCCCUCACCCCAAUAUACCCCUCCCCUCUUCCACAACGUAAUAUAUCUCUGGUUGAAUUUUCAGUUUUCAGUGAAUCUUAA